AGAGUUUGAGUUGCGUUGUUGCAGGGCAAUGUGAUUGAGGCAGAUAGUGAAAUCCUAAGAUUGUUUAGUUGGAAGAUGGAGGCAGUGGAAUCAAUAGCGGUUCCGGAACCGGACGAAGACGAUCCUUCAUCGACGCUUCUGGAUCUCUCGAGUUACCAGCUCCACGACCUUGACUCGGUCGAGUUGCCACCCAGCCUCACCGAGUUGGACCUCACCGCGAAUCGCUUGUCCACGCUGGACCCGCGCAUAGGGAACCUCUCCCAUCUCAAGAAGCUCUCCCUCCGCCAAAACCUCAUCACCGACGCCGCCGUUCUCCCUCUCUCUUCCUGGAACGCCAUUUCCUCUCUCGAGGAGCUUGUGCUGCGCGAUAAUCAAUUGAAGAACAUUCCUGAUGUCACCGUAUUUAAGAAACUUCUGGUUUUCGAUGUUGCGUUCAACGAGAUUAGUUCGCUACAUGGCUUGUCCAGGGUCUCCGAUACCCUCAAGGAACUCUACGUGUCCAACAACGAAGUUGCGAAGAUUGAGGAGAUCGAGCACUUCCAUCAGCUCCAGAUUCUUGAACUCGGCUCCAAUAAAUUACGGGUGAUGGAGAAUUUACAGAGCCUCGAGAAUUUGCAGGAGCUGUGGCUUGGGCAGAAUCGAAUUAAAGUUGUGAAUCUGUGUGGUCUCAAAUGCAUUAAAAAGAUUAGUUUCCAAAGCAAUCGUCUCACUUCAAUGACGGGAUUUGAGGGUUGUGUAGCUCUAGAAGAACUGUACUUGAGCCAUAAUGGUAUUGCAAAAAUGGAAGGGUUGUCAUCGUUGGUCAAUCUUCGGGUUUUAGAUGUAUCAUCAAAUAAGAUAACUUCAGUGGAUGACAUUGUGAACCUGACAAAAUUGGAAGAUUUGUGGCUUAAUGAUAACCAAAUAGCAUCACUUGAAGGAAUUGCUGAGGCAGUCUCUGGUUCAAAAGAGAAGCUUACCACCAUCUACCUAAAAAAUAACCCAUGUGCUAAGACGCCCAACUAUACUGGAAUCCUACGGGAAAUCUUCCCCAACAUUCAACAAAUAGAUUCUGAUAUAUUUUCUUAGAAGUUUCUUGGCUUCAGCCUUUUUGAAAACAGUUGCUUCGAAGCUUUGUCUUUUCAAAUCUAUUUAUUCUGGUUUGUAAGAAUGAAGAUUUGGCUCCAUCCACCUAAUGAAGAGAAUAUGCUUAUCAACCAUUGGACGAUACUGUGGCCUGACCAUUGGUUACCUGUCAAAUGAAUAUGCUUGUUUUAUGUUUCUUUGUUUUGCAGACCACAUUUCGUUGUGUGUGUUUUUGGCAUCCAAUUUUUGAGUAUCACUGUAACACUUUCUUUCUACUGUGUCAAUUAUAUUUCUAGCUACCGACUGUGGCGUACAGAGGCUGUGGGUGUAGUAGAUUAAUGAUCAUCCAGAUUCAUUGAAAUUUGUUUUAGUGAUUUCUUAUCCAUAAUAACAAGUUAAUAUUUAUUGUCGGUAACAUC